AUGGAGGUGCCACCUGGUUCGAGCUCUGGUUCGUUGGGUUCGUUGACCACCAGAAGCACAGAAAGUAUGGAAUUAGAUGGCUUUGAACAAGACACGCCAGCAGAACCAAGUAGUCCCAUCAUCGUUGAUGUCGGAAGAGAUCAACUUGACGAUGCACCAUCACCUGAGUACGGCAAUGCAUCUGCUAUUUCAAUCAAUCCAGACGAUGAAGAAAUAGCAGUCGCCGCAGCUCAACCAAAGAGAAAACGUACUUCAAUCAACUACAAUGUAGAUGACGCCCUGAAUUUUGAUGAUAUUCAUGUCAGUCCUAGCAUCACAGGUCCAAUCAUCAAGCGAUCAAAGACGCUACCGAAACCAAACGUCCGAGGUGUCAUAAUCGGCGUCUGGCGUGACUCCAAUGAGCUUGAUGUUGCUAAUAAACACGUGGUAUUCGGGUUUAUCGAUAUUCACGAUAGGCUACGUACAAGAAUCUACGGAAUGAACCGCAAGCGAGAAGAACUUGUUGGUAACCUUCCUACAGGCGCCGGAGGAUGUUGGGUCACCUUUCCUAAAAUCAUCUUCGAUUCUCACUUGAAGGAUCUUUCUCCCGGUCAAGUCAAAGAAUAUGUCAAAUUUCGAGUUCAGGAUUUAGAAGAUUCAUCAACCGAGGAACGUUCCGAGGAACUCAAUGCAAUAGCUGUCGGUCGAGCGAAAGCAGCUGUGGCCGAUGGUAUUGCGUCGCCAGCCAGUAAACAAAUUGUGCAUCGCCCAUCUGGACGUAAAUCAGCAAGCCGCCAAUCAUUCCCACCGCAAACUCUACGCAAGACGCCAAGCUUUCAGGCAAUCAAUUCUCCAAAUGAUAAGCUUACGAAGGGUUCCUUCUAUGAUGGCAAACCAACGGGUGUGCUUUUAGGCUAUUGGGUCGAUUCAAACUCGCCGCUAGUGGAAGACAAGCACGCAAUGUACGGUGUCAUUAGUGGGCACGACUGUCUUCGGGUCAAAGUGCAGAGGGUGACUCGUGAUGGUCGAUACGUUGACGGUAACUUUCCCGUUGGAGCUGGGGCAAUGUGGUUAAAUUAUGAUAAAGUCGUGUUCGAGCCACACCUCGCCGAUUUGACCAGACAGCAAAUGAAGGAAUACACCCGUAUUCGUCUAAGCGAUCUGGCCCAGUUACAAGAUGAAACUGACCAGGAGCGUAAGUUGAACGAGGCGAAAGCUGUAGCGCAGGCGAAGGAGAUUGCUGCAAGAGAUGAUGUUAGCGACAAAGCCAUCGUGCAAAAGGCUCCUACGCUUGAGAUGGAGACUCGACAUAGUGCUCGGUCUGAGCAAAGGUCCCAGGCCAAACAACAAGCAGAAGCAAAUGCCGAAGUGGAGAGAACACGAAAGCAAAAGAAGGAGGCUUCCGAGAAACAGCACAAGAAGACUCAGAAAGAAAUUUCUCUGGACGAAGCUUCUGCUCAAGGGGCAGCACAGGUUGAGCUAAAGAACAACAUGAAGAAGCUUAAUCGUAUCUGGAAAGCUCAACAGACGGUGACGACUCCACAAGCUCAGGCAAGCACAGCCACCCCACCCCCUCCGCCAGAAGAAGUAAAAUAUCAUAACGGCAUUAAAUACGAAAGGAAGCAAACAGGAGUUCUUCAAGGAAAGCUAGUCAGCGCUGCUCAAAUACUGAAUAUUGACGGCGAGGACUACAUUGAGUAUCGAGUUUUAAUGAGGCCGGCAUUUUGA